AUGGCAACCAGCACAUUCCCCGAGCCAAACAGGUACCUGAACCACUCAGUCUCUGAUCUACUAUCCCUCAAAGGCCGCACCAUUGUCAUUACUGGUGGGGCUCGCGGUCUGGGCUUGGCAUUUACCCUGGCAUGUGCUGAGCAGUCGGGCAACGUCGCCGUGCUUGAUGCUGCAGAUUCGCCACACGAGCACUUUUACGAAUUUCAGAAGAAGUUUGAUGUCAAGCUUGAAUACUACAAGACCGACGUGACCAAAUAUGACGAGCUCAAGGCGACGUUUGACAAGGUCGUUGCCGACUUUGGGCGCAUAGAUGGUUUAAUCACCGCAGCCGGUAUUUGUCCCGACCAGUCUUUUCUGGAGCGCUCACCCGAGUCCGUGGCAAAAUGCAUGAAUGUCAAUGUGCUCGGAACGUAUUACUCUGCCCAGCUCGCGGCCCAGCAGAUGGUCAAGCAGGAGGCCACUCCCGAGAAUCCGCGAGGCGGCUCGAUCGUCAUGAUUGCUUCCAUUGCAGCCUAUGUGGCCAGCAAAGGCCAGGCGACGAGUGAUUACUGCUCCAGCAAAGGCGCCGUGGUAUCGCUGGCCAAGGCGCUGGGUGUUGAGCUCGCUGCGUACGGUAUCAGAGUUAACAGUAUUUCACCAGGCUACAUGGUUACUGAUAUGACCCUUGAUUUGUGUAAACGAAUUCCGUGGUUGGGCGAUAUCAUGAACAAUGAGCCUCCGAUGCGACGGAUGGGAGAUCGUACAGACUUGAAGGUCCCCGUGGUAUAUCUCCUGUCGAAUGCUAGUGCUUAUCAUACCGGUGAUGAUAUUCUCAUCACUGGCGGUAUCCAUGCUGGUCGACUCAUGUAG